AUGGACGGGCAAUCUCUAUUUUCAGAGGUAUUAAUUGGAGGAAAGGGUUCAUCUCUUUCUUCAUCAUCUGUGUACGCCAUUGCUAACAGUCUCAGUAAGGUAGAUAUUGAUUCUUCAGUAUCCAAGAAUUUAAAGAGAUUAGAUUCUUCUUCUGAUGAAAAACUCAAACUUAUUAGAAACUCCUUAAGUGAUGAUUUAAAGCCUGGUCAGAAUUUUCUUACAUUAGUAGAAACUCGUGCAUGUAUUGUUAUACUUCUCAACAGAUUUAUACUCACUAAUCAGAAUGAUAUUCGUUUUAUAAUUCCUGAUUUGAUUUGCAAAACCCUAAACCAAGAUAGUUUUGAUUUUGAAGCUUUGAAUUUUUCAACUCUAGAAAACACAGGAUAUACUCUUGGGGAAUUGAAUGUUCUAGAGCAAUCUGGUUGUGGUGCUGGAAUUUGUGCACUUUUGGAUUGUUGUUCGUCUUGUUUAUCAACUAUUGCGGAUUCUGUUGCGGCGUUAUCUUGUGAGGCUUUAAAGGCUGAUACAUCUGUGUUAGGAGUCAGAUCAGUGGACUCCGGUGACGGGAUUUUGAUUAAUGAUGUGGUAUCUGUUGCUAGGGAUUUCAAGGUUUUACUUAAGGGAUUUGAGGGUAAAACUAAGGGUUGUAAGUUGAUAACUGAGAUAACUGAGGUUCAUGCAAGUUUUAGAGAAAGUGUUAAGCAGAUACACUCGAUAACACGCGUUGCACUGAAUGAUAGUUUAAAAAUUAGUAAGGGUUGUUCGUUGAGUAGUGUAGGGAGCGAGAAUCUAUUAGUGAAGACAUUUUAUUCUUUUGCUAUGUCGCUCCUGCAGCUAGGUGAGAGUAGUUUCUAUCGAGCUGGAUUAUUGGCAGAUGUUGCUGGCUCCGAGGUGGGGGAGAUAUUUCAAAGCGGCUGCCCUAAUAUUGAUGAGUCUAUGUUGAGAACACUAGCUGCAUAUAAACGAAAUUAUCUUAUAUUGUUUCAUGAUAUAAGCAAGUUAGUGGCCGUUGUUAGAAUUAUUUUUGCUUGGGAAGCGGUAUUGACAAUUCUUUCAAUUGCAAGGGUGGAGUCAAUGGGGAGAAGUCAAGAGGUUCCGGUUGCAUCUUCAAGUGUUGAAACCAAAAAAGUGAAGGGAAAAAAGGUGGUUUUGGGUAAGGGAACUGUGGUAAUAAGGCAGCUUCUUGAGAAUAGGUUGAAGACUGUUGGUGAUCCAGCCCUCUUGAAUGAAUGUGUCGGUGGUCUUUCUUUGUUUUUUGAGCCAAAGGAUGCUGAUCUUCAUAUGUUUUUGAAGAAAGUGAGGGAGAUAGUAGAGUCUAAUGAGUUGAACAGUGUUAAGCGCCCCAAGGGGACUCAAGAUUUUGCAGAAGAGAAAAUGGCCAUUAGGGAGAUAGCAUUUAAAAUCAUAGAAGGGGUGUUUAAAAGGCAUGGCGCAACGGCCCUUGAUACUCCAGUUUUUGAAUUGAAAGAGACUCUCAUGGGAAAAUAUGGAGAUGACUCAAAGCUGGUGUUUGACCUUGCUGACCAGGGCGGUGAGCUGUGCUCUCUACGGUAUGAUCUGACUGUACCCUUUGCUAGAUAUUUAGCUAUGAAUAGCCGCAUCACUUCCUUUAAAAGGUACCAGAUCGGAAAGGUAUAUCGAAGGGACAACCCAUCAAAGGGACGAUUCCGUGAAUUCUACCAGUGUGACUUCGAUAUUGCUGGUAUAUAUAGCGCAAUGGGGCCAGAUUUUGAGGUUGUUAAAGUUCUGACCGAGCUGCUGGAUGAAUUAAACAUUGGGGAAUAUGAGAUAAAACUGAAUCACCGAAAGUUGCUGGAUGGAAUGUUGGAAAUUUGUGGAGUUCCACCAGAAAAGUUCAGAACCAUAUGCUCAAGCAUUGAUAAGCUUGACAAGCAUGUGUUAGAUGAGCAACCGUUUGAGGCUAUCAAAAAUGAAAUAGUGGAAAAGAAGGGCUUAACUGCUGAAGUUGCAGAUAAAAUUGGUGGUCUUUUCAUGAAACGUGGACCUCCUUUGGAGUUGCUAUCUGAGUUGAAACAAAACAACCAGUUCCUAGAAAAUAAUGGAUCUAGUGUUGCACUGAACGAGUUAGAGAUUCUUUUCGACUUAUUAGGAGAUUCAAAAUGCAUAGAUAGAGUGGUUUUUGACUUGAGUCUUGCAAGAGGUCUUGACUAUUAUACUGGGGUUAUAUUUGAAGCUGCUUUAAAAUCAGGCACUGAUCAGGUUGGUUCAAUCGCAGCUGGAGGGCGUUAUGACAAUCUUAUUGGAACGCUAGGUAAUAAUCAUGUCCCAGCAGUUGGUGUCAGCCUUGGAAUUGAAAGGGUUUUUUGCAUAAUGGAGAAUCUUGCUGCUAACCAGUGGAUUCGCGCCACAGAAACAGAAGUUUUGGUUAGUAUUUUGGGAGAAGAUUUGAGGCAAGCUGCUGCGUUAGUUAGUGAACUAUGGGGUGCUAAAAUAAAAGCAGAAUUCCUUGUCAAUAAAAGAUUCGACAAACAUAAGAAACUAGCUGAGGGGUCUAGGAUACCGUUGAUGGUGAUUGUUGAUGACCGAGAAAGAAGUGCCGGUGACCGAGAAAGAAGUGCCAACCAAGUUAGAAUUAUAGAAAUGCAAUCCAACAAGGAGGAGUCGGUUGACAGGGAUAGUGUUGUCGAGGAAGUGCAGAGACGGUUGAACCUCAUGUCCUGGAAAUGAUUUUUCCUUACUCUCAAGUGUUGUGAUCCAGAACUCUGUUGGUGCCAUUU